AUGGAAAUAGCCAAAGAGGACCUCAAAUUACCCGACAUCUCUAAAGAAAAACUAGCCUUUGUUCUUCAUAAUGUGUUUACGGAGGAGGAGUGUAACAAAUACAUAAUAGAUUCGGAGAAGAGAGGAUAUGAACUUGCCAAAUGCAAUGUCGGCAGCGGAAGGCAGAUUUAUGCAAGCCAUGUAAGAAAUAGUUCUAGAAAUAGCUGGGUCUCCAAAGAGGAAGCAGGAAGAAUUCUGGGUAGAAUCAAGAAGUUCUUACCUGCAGAAUGGAAAGGAAGGAAACUUGUAGAAAUUGAUGAAAGGUUAAUAUUUUUGCGGUAUGAUCCAGGUGAAUAUUUCAAGCCUCACUUUGACGGCUCCUCAGUGAAGGACAAUAGAACCAAAAGUUAUCUCUCCAUCCAAAUAUAUCUUAACCAGGCAGGUUAA